AUGAGUGCGGCGGCGACAGCAGGGAAGCUGUCACGGGUACCAGCCGAGACUGGGAAGACCGGGGCCGCCGGAAAGGUUCCCGGGGCGACGGCUGCUGCCCUGCCGGCGAAAGAGAUCCCGGAGGUCCUAGUGGACCCACGCAGCCGGCGACGCUAUGUACGCGGUCGAUUCCUAGGCAAGGGAGGCUUUGCCAAAUGUUUUGAGAUCUCUGAUGCGGACACUAAGGAGGUGUUCGCGGGCAAGAUCGUCCCAAAAUCUCUGUUGCUGAAGCCGCACCAGAAGGAAAAGAUGUCCAUGGAAAUAUCAAUCCACCGCAGUCUAGCCCACCAGCACGUCGUCGGCUUCCACGGCUUCUUCGAGGACAACGACUUCGUGUUCGUGGUGUUGGAACUCUGCCACCGGAGGUCCCUUCUGGAGCUGCACAAGAGGAGGAAAGCGCUGACUGAACCUGAGGCCCGGUACUACCUGCGGCAGAUCGUCCUGGGCUGCGAGUACCUGCACCGAAACCGGGUCAUUCACCGGGACCUCAAACUGGGCAACCUCUUUCUGAACGAAGAUCUGGAGGUGAAAAUAGGGGAUUUUGGACUGGCCACCAAAGUUGAAUAUGAUGGGGAGCGGAAGAAGACCCUUUGCGGAACUCCUAAUUACAUUGCUCCUGAGGUGCUGAGCAAGAAAGGCCACAGUUUUGAGGUGGACGUGUGGUCCAUUGGGUGCAUCAUGUACACUUUGUUAGUGGGCAAGCCACCUUUUGAGACUUCAUGCCUAAAAGAAACCUACCUACGGAUCAAGAAGAAUGAAUACAGUAUACCCAAGCACAUCAACUCCACGGCUGCCUCCCUCAUUCAGAAAAUGCUGCAGACGGAUCCCACUGCCCGUCCAACCAUCAACGAGCUGCUCCACGAUGAGUUCUUCACGUCCGGCUACAUCCCUGCCCGUCUUCCCAUCACCUGCCUCACCAUUCCACCGAGGUUUUCAAUUGCUCCCAGCACCCUGGACUCCAGCAAUCGGAAGCCUUUCACAGUCCUCAAUAAAGGCAUGGAGAACACCCAAGUGCCCAAGUGUCCCCAGGAGAAAGAAGAACCAGGGGUUCAGGAGACGGGUGAGGCUGUCGACUGUCACCUCAGUGACAUGCUGCAGCAGCUACACAGCGUCAAUGCCACCAAACCCUCAGAGAGGAGGCUGGCAAGGCAAGAGGAGGCCGAGGACCCUGCCUGCAUCCCUAUCUUCUGGAUCAGCAAGUGGGUGGACUAUUCAGACAAGUACGGCCUUGGGUAUCAGCUGUGUGACAACAGCGUCGGGGUGCUCUUCAACGACUCCACGCGCCUCAUCCUCUACAAUGACGGCGAGAGUCUGCAGUGCAUCUAGCGCGAUGGUGCAGAGUCCUACCUGUCCGUCAGCUCCCACCCCACCUCCUUGAUGAAGAAGAUCACACUUCUCAAGUAUUUCCGGAAUUACAUGAGUGAACACUUGUUAAAGGCUGGUGCCAAUAUCACGCCGCGGGAAGGGGAUGAGCUAGCCCGGCUACCCUACCUACGUACCUGGUUCCGCACCCGCAGUGCCAUCAUCCUGCACCUCAGCAAUGGCUGUGUGCAGAUCAACUUCUUUCAGGAUCAUACCAAACUCAUCCUGUGCCCUCUGAUGGCGGCUGUGACCUACAUCAACGAGAAGAGGGACUUCCGGACAUACCGCUUGAGUCUCCUCGAGGAGCAUGGCUGCUCUAAGGAGCUGGCCAGCCGCCUCCGGUAUGCCCGCACCAUGGUGGACAAGCUGCUGAGUGCGCGUUCUUCCACCAACCGCCUCAAGGCCUCCUCAUAG